AUGGGCCUUGCCGAGGGCGAAUCGAUCCGGCUGGGUCCCGACGGCGAGCCCUACCUAGUGAGCGUUGCCGCACGGCACGACUUGCAGUUCAAAGUGGCGAUGGUGAUAUUCCUGACCACGCUGUUCGGGCUUGGGGCCGGGAUGCUGUCCCUGACCAGCCAGGCAAAGGCGCGCAGGGCGGAGCAGCAGGCUCCCCAGGAGGACACCCCCACCCGCGGCGCGCGCGGCGCGAGGGGCUGCGGUCGGCCGCGAGAUCCGAGCCCCGCCGUCGCCGAGCAGCGACUCAGGUAA